UGUUUCUUAUGUUGUCCCUCUUCUCCAACCAUAUAUAUUGGACUCGCAUGUGUGUCCUUCACGCCUCACUUCUCAGUUCCCUACUCUCUUCAGCUUACUCCACGUGAAUUGACCAUGUCUGGCAGAAAAGAAACGGUUCUAGACCUUGCCAAGUUCGUAGACAAAGGCGUUCAAGUUAAGCUUACUGGUGGAAGACAAGUUACAGGGACUCUAAAAGGGUAUGAUCAGUUACUUAACCUCGUCCUAGAUGAAGCAGUGGAGUUUUUAAGAGAUCCUGAUGAUCCUCUCAAAACUACCGAUCAGACCAGACAACUUGGCCUAAUUGUUUGUAGAGGAACUGCUGUCAUGCUUGUGUCCCCAACUGAUGGUACAGAUGAAAUCGCCAACCCCUUUAUACAGCCAGAUGGAGCUUAAAUUUCAAAUAUUUAUUCUAAGUUUUUGUGCUUGCUGAUCAAUACGCCAUUACUUUGCUAUUGAGCCAUUAAUGUGGAGAUUCUCGCUAACAUUUUGUCUAAUUUGUAAGCUUGGAUAGUUUUUGUAUGCUUUGAGUUAAUAGAAUACCAUACAUUGCUUGAGAAGUUGAUAUUUAUCAUUGCUCACAAGUUGCGAUUGCACUUAUGCAAACUUGGGCACAUUGGAAGUUCUUCUUCUUGGAUCUUUUCAUAAA